AUGUCUGGAACAUCCCCUCCGUUAGUACCUCCAUCGUCACCGCCGCCAUCUCCGGAUGCACCGCCACCGGUGUCACCGAGCUCUCCACCGCCGCCACCACCAUCAGCACCAGUUCCAUCAAGAAGCCCUCCACCACCGCCACCACCAUCAAACCCUCCUAACAACACAUCUCCACCGCCAUUAUCACCACCUCAACCGUCACCAUCAGCUCCACCACCUAACAACAUUUCACCACCACCGCGAAAUUCACCACCUCCUCCGGCCACCACGCCACCACCGGCCUCGCCAACACAAAAUUCACCACCUCCUCCGGCUGCACCGGCCCCCAGAAACUCCACUAGGUCACCGCCACCAGCGGUCGAUGCACCGCCACCGAGAUCAUCGCCGCCGCCAGCACCAGAACCAUCCAACCCUCCUUCUAGGAUUAGUCCUCCUCCCAUACCAAGUUCCCCACCAGCUCCACCUUCAAAUUCUACACCAAGCUCAUUACCUCCAUCACCACCAUCAGUUACUCUAUUGGCCCCACCACCGCCAUCGCCGUCGCACAUUUCAUCGUCUCCGCCCCCGCUUCAGAAUGGGACAGAAAAUUCAACCUCUGGUGGAGGCGGAAUUGGCACUGGUGGUUUAGUGGCUAUUAGUGUGUUGGCUGGAUUUCUGCUACUUGGCUUCAUUGGUGUUCUUAUGUGGUGCAUGCGGAGGCAAAAGAGAAAGGUUCCUGUGAAUGGUGGUUAUGUCAUGCCAUCCACUCUUGCCUCAUCUCCUGAAUCAGAUUCAUCCUUUUUAAAGACACACUCAUCAGCUCCUCUUGUACAAAGUGGCUCUGGCAGUGAUGUUGUGUACACACCAUCUGAUCCUGGUGGACUAGGCCACUCAAGGUCAUGGUUUUCAUAUGAAGAACUAAUCAAGGCUACAAAUGGUUUCUCAAGUCAAAGUCUUUUGGGUGAGGGUGGAUUUGGUUGUGUGUAUAAAGGACUUCUUCCAGAUGGAAGAGAGAUAGCAGUCAAACAACUGAAGAUUGGUGGAGGUCAGGGCGAGAGAGAAUUCAAAGCUGAGGUGGAAAUUAUCAGUCGUAUACAUCAUCGCCAUUUGGUUUCUUUAGUGGGAUACUGCAUUGAAGAUAACAGAAGAUUACUUGUCUAUGACUAUGUUCCUAACAAUACCCUUUAUUUUCAUCUACAUGGGGAAGGCCAGCCUGUGCUAGAAUGGGCAAACCGUGUUAAAAUUGCAGCUGGUGCAGCCCGAGGACUAGCUUAUCUCCAUGAAGACUGCAACCCUCGGAUCAUUCACAGGGAUAUCAAGUCGUCAAACAUUCUUUUAGAUUUCAAUUGUGAAGCAAAGGUCUCAGAUUUUGGGCUAGCCAAAUUAGCUCUGGAUGCAAAUACGCAUAUUACCACACGAGUCAUGGGAACUUUUGGGUAUGUUGCCCCCGAAUAUGCUUCAAGUGGCAAAUUGACUGAGAAGUCUGAUGUAUAUUCUUUUGGAGUCGUGCUUUUGGAGCUAAUUACUGGGCGAAAACCAGUGGAUGUAUCCCAACCCUUGGGAGAUGAAAGCUUGGUUGAAUGGGCUCGGCCUUUACUGAGUCAUGCAAUCGAUAGUGAGGAAUUGACUAGUUUGGCAGAUCCAAGGCUAGAAAAGAAUUAUGUUGAGAGUGAAUUGUAUUGCAUGAUUGAGGUUGCUGCUGCUUGUGUGCGGCAUUCAGCUUCAAAGAGACCUCGCAUGGGACAGGUUGUUAGAGCUUUUGAUAGCUUAGGAGGUACUGAUCUAACCAAUGGAAUGAGACUUGGGGAAAGCGAAGUGUUUGACUCUGCACAGCAAUCUGAAGAAAUAAGAUUAUUUCGUAGGAUGGCAUUUGGUAGUCAAAAUUAUAGCACAGACUUCUUUAGCCAUGCUAGUUUGAAUCCAUGA